AUGCAGCUGGACUUUGCAGGCUCUCCACGGCCGGUCCUGUCCCGCGUGGGCGAAGCGGGCGCCGCGGGUGGAGCUCCGUCCGCGGGACCCCCAGCCUACGGCCCGGAAUCCUGCGUGGGCGCCCGCUUGCCGUCCUCCGAGGGCACCAAGCCCCCUUACAGCUACAUCGCGCUGAUCGCCAUGGCCAUCCAGAGCAGUCCGGAUCAGAGGCUGCCCUUGAGCGGCAUCUACCGGUUCAUCACCUCCCGGUUCGACUACUACCGAGACAACAAGCAAGGCUGGCAGAAUUCCAUCCGCCACAACCUCUCGCUCAACGACUGCUUCGUCAAAGUGUCCCGGGACCACAAGAAACCGGGCAAAGGGAAUUUUUGGAUGCUGGACCCCGAGUGCCACAACAUGUUCCAGAACGGCUCCUUCCUGAGACGUCGGCAGCGUUUCACCCGUAAGAGAGGUCCGUCCAGGGCCACAGGGGACGGCCAAGGGCCCAAGAAGGGGCCCCGGGGUGGCAGGGGCCAGCCGAGUGGCCAGAGAUUGCCAGGAAAGGCAGUCAAGAUGGAAGACGGCUCACCGAUAGCAGAUGCCUCCGAGCAGGGCCACAGUUCCAGCCGGGCAGUGCCAGGGCCUGAGGGGGUCUUGCCCCUAAAUCCAUUCAUGGGUGGGCAGGAGGGUGAGGAUCCAAUCCUGCCUUGCCCGGAGCUCCUCAGCCCCCGGAGUCAGCCCUGUGCCAAGAUCAACCCCUCGGGAGCCAAGAUGCCGUGUUUUCAUCUGCACGGGGUCCCGAGCCCCAAAGCUGGGCUCUACAGCCAGCCAUCAGGAUUCUGUUCCCCGGGAAAUAAUUACCAGGUGAAAGGGGCCCUUCUGGAUGACCUUGAGGUUGCCCCCCUGGUCCCUCUUGCGGAGAGGCUGCCCUCCCGAUCCAGCCCAGAGAUAAAUGGAAACCUGCAGAACAGCUCUCGUCCUUCCCAGGGGCCACCGAAGCCUGGGCAGGAUGGCAAGGGGGUCCCCCAAGCGUUUGGCCAGCUUGCACCCAACUUCCCGGCUCUUAUGGGGCCCGGCAAAGCGUCUCAGCCCACCCACAGGCAGCAUCCAUCGCCCAGCGGCCUCCCCACCGUCGACGGCAACGAAGGUUAUGCCAAAGCUUCGGUCGUUCCCAUCUUCGGCUACUCCAAUCUCGAAUCUCGGGGUGGGGGUUACCAGUGCCGUCUGCAGGCCUUGAAUUUCUGCGUCAACGAAAAUAUGCGGGGCCCCACUUUGGAACACCUUCUGACCUCGCCCCCCGCUGCCAAUUCUGCGGCGCCCAUCCAGCCCCCGUCCUUCGUGCAGCUGCCGGGGGAACAGGAAGCCUGGCCCGGGAGCCCCUUUUCCCGCCAAGGGGGGAGCAGUUAUCAGCUGGGGCUGCCCCACUGCCUCUACAGGACUCCGGAUUGAUCAAACCGCAGUUUUUAGUGUAUCGGAAUAAAAGGCCCUUCCUUCUCCACUGAAUCCGUGGCUUCGUGGACCUCGGCAGGAGCGCAAACCCGAGGCGAAAGGCAGAAACGCACCGAUGGCCGAAUCCUGCCCCGCCUUGGAUUCCAGCUUUCCAAACCCAGCAUUGCAACCUAACCAGCUUCUUGCAA